AUGCCUCUAGUAGCUAGAAAAAAGAAAGUUGAUCCUUUACAAAAAGCUAUUCCAAAAAACCCUCGUUAUGCCGAUGUUCUUGCAUCUGUUGAUUCCGGAGCCAGUCUUUCAAGAUAUUUGAGGAAAUUAGGCGAGAGCAGUGAAAUAAUACAAGUGGCCGAAACAAAUAAUUCAACCGAUCAGAAAUACUGUGGAACUGAUGAUGAAACCAAUGAUGACUCUAAGAUUGAAAAGCAACAUGAUUGUGUCGGUGAUCGUGCUGAUUUUGAAACACAUCGACGUCAUACACUUGAAUCUGUCAUUCAUGGAAUUGGGGAGUGUGAUAUUAAUGAGAUGGAUCAACCAAAAAAAGGCUCUAGAAUUGCUAAAUCAGAACAGAAUAACUGCCCUUAUUUACUUCUUGAUGUCCGAGACAAAGACGAAUUCGAUUCUUGUCAUAUCAUCCGAGCUAUUAACUAUCCCUACACAAGGCUAUCUCGCUGUAUGAAUUUCGAAAUUCGUGAGAUGUUGGCUUAUAAGAACAAGCCUGGCCACAUAAUAAUUUGCUAUGACGAAGACGAAACUUUAGCUCCUCUAGUUACCACUGUUCUUGUAGAAAGAGGCUACGAAAAUGUUUUUCUCCUUUCUGGUGGCCUAAAGGUCGCUUGGAAACUCUUCCCUAGGGGUCUUAUAUUGGGAGACGCCCCUCAGACUCUGAAGAAAGUCACAUCUGGUAAGAAGAGAACAAGAAAUUCGAAUAGUACCUCUCGGUUAUCAUCUGCGUCUGCCUCAUGUUCUAACUCCUUUCGUGGAAGUGUGUGCGAUGAUGGAGCCUCCAGUGUGUACGCUUCUUCAAUUGGUGGUCGUAGUGUCACAUCAAGUGUUCGAAGGGCUAUUAAAUAUACUUAUGAUACCUAUGACAGUGUUGGUUCCCGGGGUACCCCUAACGGAGGCGAAGAGUUCUCUAUGAUGGACUUGACGCAUUUAGACCUUACACUUAACAGUCUUUUUGCAGCAGGUUAG